AUGUUUCUCUUCUUUAAUAUUUUUUUAUUUAUUGUGUUAGAUUGUACCUUUCAAUUUUCUAUUAAGUGCUCUAUAUUUUUAAAAUCAUGGAGUUACGAGUACAACUAUGGGAAUGUGCUAAUUUUAAGAAAUAACAGAUUAUUAACGCAUACACAAGAGGAAUUUAUAGAAUUAAAAUAUGAAAAUUUAAAAAAAAAAAAAUCAGAAAGUACAGAAGAUUUAAAUAAAGUACAACAAGCGCUAAUAAGAUUUGUAACAAAUUAUAUAUUAAGAAAUAUAUUAAAAAAUGGUGAAUUAAAAGGAAAUAUAUCUCAUCAAUUGGGGGACCUGAAUAUAAUACUGGAUGCAGUAAAAAGAUAUAUAACUGUAUAUUUAAAAGAAGAUACAUUGAAAAAUGAAAAGUUAAAAGAAAGUUUAUUAGAUUUUAUUGGAACCCCAAAUGAGGUACAGAUGGCUCUGAUAAAUGAUGUCACAGGUUAUAUGAUAGAAAAUAAAAUAAUAAAUGUUGUUUUAAAAGAAAAUAUGCCAGAUGAAAUAGUAAAUACAGAAGAAUUGAAGGAAGGAAUUGUAAAAAAUGAAGAAGUAUAUGUAAAAAAAGAUGAAACAGAAAAUGCAGAAAAUACAGUAAGUACAAUAGGAAUAUCAACAAAAAUUAUUUGGAAAAUAUUAGAGUUCAGGAAAAAAAAUAAAAUAUUUAGAAUCGUUAAUGAUGUAAUAGAGGGAUUAAUACCUUUUAUUAUUUUAUUUUAUGUAUUUUAUUUGGAAAAAUCUGGUUCAAUAGGAACUUCGCAUCCUAUUAUAUAUGUUAUAUUAUCUUACUGUUUCCUAAUACCAAUCUAUUGUUUAAUGAAAAAGUAUAUAUAUAAACGUAUAAAAAAUAAAGUAGAAAUGGUUACAAAAAAAAAAAUGGAGAAUGACUGA